CGACGAGCUAGCGGAUUUAGCCCUUACUGGCUGCUCCACGGAGUAGACCCGGUUCUGCCAUUUGACUUAGUAGAAGCUAGCUUUUUGGUAGAAGGAUUUAGGUCGGGAAUGUCAUCAGAAGACCUAUUAGCCCUGCGAAUCAGACAACUAGAGAAGCGGCCAGAAGACAUCAAUGCCGCAGCUAAGGCGCUUGCCAAAGGACGAUGGCAGGCCAAGCUACAGUUUGAAAAGCGAUUCAAGCACCGUUUCCUCAAGAAAGCCUCAUGGGAACCAGGAGAUCUGGUUCUGGUUAGAGAUGUAGAAAGGGACCAUUCAUACGAUCGCAAGCACACUCCAAGAUACAGGGGACCAUAUGAGAUCGCUGGACAGACCAAGCAUGGAUCGUACGUCCUAAAGGAGCUGGAUGGCACGUUGAGCCGCCGCGGAAUUCAUGGAUACAGGCUUUUGCCUUAUGUUAGCAGAGCCCAGGCCAUAGAAGCACUUAGGGAAACAGGAGACGACAGCGAGCCUGAUGACUCUGAUCAAUCUGAGAUAGACGAUGCGGAGCUUGAAGAAUAA